GCCAACUGUUUACGACUAUGACGUCCUCGCGCAAUUGGGUUCACGUUUUCGUUCCAGUUUCCCAACCUCGUUCAUCUUAAUUGCUUGACAGAGCACUGGGAAUGAAGAUACUACUACGAGCAGACAAAGGGAGAAAGUGAGGUUAAAAUAUGGAUUUUACUAAGUUUGACGAUCUUUUGAUGGGAAUCCUCCAGCACUGUGAACAAGUGGAACCGUUUUUAGAUGCAAUCUUCAGCUUUUUAGCGCGCAGGACUGACUUCUUUCUAGUGAUGCACAAUAGAGAUGACAAAGUGGGAUUCGCUCCAGGUGUAGCGGAAAAGAUGGUUCUAAAGAUCUUCAAGACUCAUCAACAGAUUGUCACUGGAAAUCAAACAGGAGCUAAAAAACAAGCACAUGGAAAGAUAUCAGGAAAAGGGAAGCAAAAAUGUGCUGACAUAGAGAGAGCAACUGAUAGAGCUUCAGCUGCAAAUGAAAACACAAGUCUAUCUGCUCCUAUGGCCUCAUCUGAUACAGAUAUAUCUCCAGCAAUCACUUCAUGUGAGGUAGAAACAUCACCCACCAGUGACAAGGGCCACGCCCAACUUCCUGCAUGUACUACUGAAAAGACAUUAAGUGCUGCUUCAACAUCAAGUUCCAAGCCAACAAGCCUCACUCAAGUAAGUGAAGACGUAACAAGCAGUGAGAGCAAGGGUCUGGUUCCUGGCAAGACUGCUGAUUGUUACAAUGGAGCUGUUCUUGAGAAGUAUGCAUGGUCACAAACUAUAACUGAUAUUGAAAUAAAAAUCCCUGUGCCAUGCUCAGUAACAAAAGGUCGGGAUGUUGGUGUGGAAAUUAAGAGCUCCCAUUUGAAAGUUUGGUUAAAGAAUGGAAUCCCACCAGAUUCAGACAGCAUUAUUCUUGUUGAUGGAAAACUUCAGUGGCCGAUAAAAUGCGAAGAUUCUAUGUGGUUGUUGGAGGCUGGGAAACAGAUCAUUGUCAGCCUGGACAAAGUAGAGGAGAGGUUUUGGACAACUGUUUUGGAAGGAGAUACCGAAAUUGACAAGACUAAGGUUGACACAACACGAGACAUAAGUGAAUUUGAUGAACAAACUCAGAGUGAUUUUCAGCACGUUAUGUAUGACCAUCAUCAAAAACUUCAGGGCAAACCAACUAGUCAGGAAAUGAAAACCCACGAUCUUCUCAAGAAAGCUUGGAAUGCCAAAGGGUCGCCGUUUGCGGGAACUGACUUCGAUCCAUCAAAAGUGAACAUAUCGCCAAGUUACGGGUGAAUAAAACUCUUCUAAUACGCUGAAAGGAGACAGAACAUGCUCUUAAAGACAUCUAAACACUUUAAGUGAAAUAAUGCGCCAUCCCGUUUCGAAAAGUAAGAACCGUGAAAGGUAGUUUUUUGCCAAAUUUGUACAAUGUCAAUUUUACCUUUCCAAAGUAAAUUACAUUACCUCAACGGGAUGUUUUUACAGCCUGGCAAUCAAACAGUUAUUUACCAUCAUCGGGAACUUGCAUAAAUGAAAGAUUCGUGAGGUGCAUUCGAUUUUUUUUUCCUCAUCGUUCAGGGUUUAUAAAAUAGUUGCGUAUAACCAAUAGCCAUCCAACCCUUCUGUUUCAAUUAUCACUCGGUCAGCCUGUGACUCGAAAGUAUGCAUGCAAGGACGUUCGGUCCGUUUGUUAAUUACAUCAGACACGAGAUGAGCCGAAAGACAGAAACUAUCUAUGCAGAAAAUGUAACAAAAUGUGACAGUAGCUGUUGGUAAUUACUCACAAAUGAGAAAUAUUUGUUGAAAUUUAGUAGUAUACUGUUAUUAACUCUUAAUGAAGUGAGAUUUUUCGUCAAGUUUCUUCACGAGACGCUGGAGGGGAAGAUUGGGCAUCAAAAUCACUGGCGAUACCAGGUUCCCUCUCCUUGUCCUGUCCAACAGGCAUAAGAGGAUAUGGAAGCCAUCUGUAGUACGUCAGCCAGUCUAGGAUAGUGACAUACUGAAACUUAACAGCAUCGAAGUAGAUGCCAGCAGGACAACCUCGUGGACUCCUUCGGGAUUGAUUCCGAGAACGAUACGACUGCAUGUGUUCUUCUUCGUCGAACCCAAAUACCGAGAUCUUAAUAAAUUUAACUAAGGAAUAAAUGUGAAGAUAUAA